AUGGAGAUCACGCUGGUGACAUUGUUAAGGGUGGCUUGGAUUAGGGGGACUUUGCCUAUUCUGAUUGCUUCAAUCCCUUCGUCUAAGCUCAAUUGGUUUCAUGAUUUGCUGUCGGGCUUUGCAAAACGUGGCAAGACUCUGCAAUCAUCAUCUAGUAGAUUCUUAGGCCACUUUUAUGUAUUGGCUGUUAUUUGGACAACAACUUUACUGGUUGCCACAUGGGUUUACGCGUACAGCGUGACGCCAUUAGUCUCUGAGCCAAUGCAGUUUUCUAGCAUUACCAGCUACUUAACUGGGGGUUCGCAGAGUUUUUGGUUGCAUGAGUCCAGGUCGAUGAAGCUGGAAAAAAGACGGGGGGUUUGGCUUUCUGUUUUUCUGCUUUUGUUGAUGGAAGCUCAAGUAUUAAGACGUCUUUAUGAGACAAUAUAUGUGUUUAAGUAUAGUCCCUCCGCGAGGAUGCACAUCUUUGGCUAUAUCACCGGGUUAUAG